CACGUAACAUUCAGACCAAAACCAACCCUAAACCCCGCACAGACUCGGGACAUGAGACCUACAGCUUAGAAAAGCGAAAUUCCAAAUCUACCGUUUCGUUUAGCUCGGUCCCCAUUACAAAGCGGCUCACUCAAGAAGCUGCUAGGGGUAGGGCGAGUGGAGGGUGACGAAGAAUUGGAGCCCCAAAAGAAAUUUUGGCAGUCGCUGCGCCAUAUGGCAGGUAGAAGAUCUCCCGUUAAUGGAGAAAUAGGCUAAUCAUCUCGGUGCAUUAUUUCCCUGCAAACUUCAUCAUGUUAGAAAAGAAAUAUAUGCAAUUUUUGGUUAUUAAUAAUUGCAUGGAAGACAUUGUAUUCUGCUGUGCAUUAUCUUGGUACUUUUGGCUGUGAAAUUAGUUGUCUCUCAAUCUGAUGUUCUAAGCGAGAUAAUGUCUACUUUGAUGGCUGCUCCCUGCCUGGAUGCACAAGGAGAAGGUAACUCAGACCGAGAUCCUUUGAUGGAGCAUUCAGUUGAUUAUAACGAACUUGAGCCCAAUCAUGUUAUUGAUGUAACAACUGGUGGUUAUACUUCAACAUCAGUCACUCAACAUGAGGAUAUUGACUCUCAUGAAAUGCACAGUGAAGACAGGCCCUCAAUCAACAGCCAAGCUACUGCCUCUCAGCUAUCUGCGUCCUCUAGGACUCGUAGAGGAAGAAGCGAAAUUUUCAGCCAACAUCGUAGAAAUCCUCUCAAUUCUGGUUUGUGGAUUUCAGUCGAAUUGGUUGCCAAUGUGAGUCAGAUUAUGGCAGCUGUUGUGGUUUUAUCUUUGUCCAGACAUGAGCAUCCUCGAACUCCAUUGUUUGCUUGGAUCAUCGGUUAUACUGCUGGCUGUAUUGCUAUCCUUCCUCAUCUCUGGUGGCGCUACAUCCAUCGAAAUAGUCAAGGAUCUGGCCAAGAAUCAGCACAAUCACAUCAGUACUCUUCUCGGAAUAAUAAUACGGAAUCUAUAGCGUAUGUUGAUGGUUCUUUGGCACAAGCUAUGGACAGAAGUGGUAGCCGUGGUGCCACUACUUUUUCACGUUGGAGUCAAAAUUUUGUGGUUACUAAUUCAAGGAUAAACACAUUAGUUGAUCAUUUCAAAAUGGCUUUGGAGUGUUUCUUUGCUGUUUGGUUUGUUGUUGGUAAUGUUUGGGUUUUUGGAGGGCAUUCUUCUGCAGCAGAUACUCCCAACUUGUACAGGCUGUGUAUAGCUUUUCUUACCGUCAGUUGUAUUGGCUAUGCUAUGCCUUUUAUUCUGUGUGCAACAAUCUGCUGCUGUUUGCCUUGCAUAAUUUCAGUCUUGGGCUUUAGAGAGGACCUUCCCCUUACUAGAGGAGCCACAUUAGACUUAAUUAAUGCUCUUCCGCCGACAUACAAAUUCAAAUCAAAGAGAACCCAAAAUCUAGGUCGAAGUGAAACUAACGAGGGAAACUUUGAUGGUGGAAUUUUGACGGCUGGAACAGACAAGGAGAGAAUUGUUUCUCCUGAAGAUGCUGUGUGCUGCAUCUGCUUGGCGAGAUAUGCGGAGAAUGAUGAGCUGCGCGAGCUGCCUUGCGCCCACUUUUUUCACGCGGAGUGCGUGGACAAGUGGCUUAAGAUCAACGCGCUGUGCCCUCUCUGCAAGUAUGUUGUGGUGGAUACUGGCGGUGGCUUUACUUCUGUUCUGAGCUCUCUUCGCCACACCACUAAUCAGAGGAUUGCUGGCACUUCAAAUGCUGCUGAAAAUAUUGUUUAGAUGGCUGAUAUUUCUUUUUCUUUCGAUCUUUAUGUAUGUAUGGUAGUAAUAGUUGUUGAUGUUAUAGCCAAAUGUUUUAAGUGUUUCGUGAUGAUUGGCAUCAACUUGUCUUCUUCAUUUUAUGUUAUUCUUUUUUUUCUGAAUGUGAAAUUGGCCGGCAUUGAAUGUGA